GCUGAGCCUCCAUGAUGGAAAGAAUGAAUGAGGGGGGCGGGCAAGGAUUGAAAUCCAAUGAAUGAAGGGGGCGGGCCAGGAUUGAAAUCCAAUGAAUGAAGGGGGUGGGCCAGCGACAGCCAGGCUGGGGAGGGGAGGAGCCGAUACACCUGUACAAGCCUGAAGGGGAGGAGCCGAUACACCUGUACAAGCCUGAAGGGGAGGAGCCGAUACACCUGUGCAAGACUGAAGGGGAGGAGCCGGUACACCUGUGCAAGACUGAAGGGGAGGAGCCGGUACACCUGUGCAAGACUGAAAGGGAGGAGCUGGUACACCUGUGCAAGACUAAAGGGGAGGAGCCGGUACACCUGUGCAAGACUGGAGGGGAGGAGCCGCUACACCUGUGCAAGACUGAAGGGGAGGAGCCAGGAGACAUGUGCAAGACUGAAGGGGAGGAGCCGGUACGCCUGUGCAAGACUGUAGGGGAGGAGCCGUUACACCUGUGCAAGACUGAAGGGGAGGAGCCGGUACACCUGUGCAAGACUGAAGAGGAGGAGUCGGUACACCUGUGCAAGACUGGAGGGGAGGAGCCGGUACACCUGUGCAAGACUAAAGGGGAGGAGCCGGUACACCUGUGCAAGACUGGAGGGGAGGAGCUGGUACACCUGUUCAAGAUUGAAGGGGAGGAGCUGGUACACCUGUGCAAGAAU